CUCUCCAGGUCACUAUCAUGGCAAGCAAGUCCUUGUUCAUUGUUGCCAUUGAUUUUGGCACGUCUUACAGCGGCUACUGCUUUUCUCUUGCAACACAGACAGAUCAAAUCCGGCAGGUGUACUGGGGGCAGGAGCAUGGGCUCAACACUCUGAAGACGCCAACGUGCAUCCUCUUCAAUGAAAAGCGUGAGUUUCAGAAGUUUGGCUACGAUGCCGUCAUGAAGUACAACUCGCUCCCCUCCAGCGAAGCUCACAGAUGGUACUACUUCCACCACUUCAAGAUGAAGUUGUACAACCAGAAAAUCACUUCCCACAUGAAACUGGACGCAGAUAAUGGAAAGAGGCUUCCAGCCCUAACGGUGUUCUCAGAAAGUCUGCGGUACAUGAAGGAUCAUGCUCUGAACACCAUACAGGAAGCCUCAUACCAAGCUGUCUAUGACACUGAUGAUGUCACCUGGGUCGUUACUGUUCCAGCCAUAUGGGAUGCUUCUGCCAGGCAGUUCAUGCGACUGGCAGCUAAAGAGGCAGGCCUCAUCGGUGACAUGCUUUCUGAGAAGCUCAUCAUUGCUCUAGAACCAGAAGCCGCCUCAAUCUGGUGCAAGCAGCUCCCACAGGAAGGCUUUGUGGCAGAAGGUGGUCACAGACAAAAGUUUGAGGAGUCACCAGGGACCCAGUAUGUCGUGGUGGAUUGCGGAGGUGGCACCAUAGACAUCACAGCACAUGAAAUCCAAAAGAAUCAAUCCCUGAAAGAAUUACAUAAGGCGUCGGGAGGAGGAUGGGGAGGCAGCACAGUGGACGAAAACUUCAAAGAGUUCCUGAAGGAGAUCUUCCACGAAGGAGUAUGGGAUGAAUAUGCGCAGAAUCACCCAACAGAAUGCCAGCAGAUGAUGUACAACUUUGGGCUUCAAAAAUGCUCCUCCAGCAAAGAUGAUCUCUACUUACAUUGCUACCACAACCUCACAAAAGUGGCAGAGCGCAAGCACAAAGACAUCUCCCGCUUCUUCAAGGAUGUGGAGGGAGCUGAGUGGUGUGAUGGGUCUAUCAUGAUUACAUACGAAAAAAUGAAGAGCUUUUUUGCCUACAGUAUCAGACAAACCAUUGAUGCCUUGCUGGAAAUCCUCAGCAAGCCUGAGAUGACCACAGUCCAAUAUAUUUUACUGGUUGGAGGCUUUGCUUCCAGCAUUAUCCUGAGGGAGGAGAUCUAUGAGACCUUUAGGGAGCAGUACCAUAUCCUGUGUCCACUGGAAGCUCAGGCAGCUAUUGUAAAGGGGGCAGUUUUAUUUGGGCACAAUCAGCAAAUUGUUGCCUCAAGAAUCAGUGCUCUGACAUACGGAGUAGCGGUAUGUGAGACAUUUGAUAUUGCUGUCCAUGACACACAGAAAAAGAGAGUCUCAAAAGCAGAUAAUUAUGAAUAUUGCACAGAUCUCUUCAAGAAGCUGGUGGGAAUUGGGGAUUUGGUGGCAGUAGAUGAGGUUGCCAGUUACAGUUUCACUCCCGUGGAACCAGAUCAGACAAGUGUGGCUUUCGGUUUCUAUUGCACAGAAAAGAAGGCUGCGAAGUACAAAAGUACAUAGAUGAGGAAGGGCUGAAAACGCUCGGUUCCUGUACUGUGCCAACACCAAACACAGAGCUGGGGAGAAACCGCCAACUGAGACUGGAUAUCAAAUUUGGGCUAACGGAAUUUAAAGCCUCAGGCAGUGAUGUCACGUCUGGUGAAAGUCGGUCGGUUAUGAUCAAUUUUUUAACAUCGUAAAGGUUCCAUUGUUCAAGGACUAGUGAGAAGAGCAGCAGGCUCAGAUGACACAAGGGACUAUAGAGCUCAGUCAGGAGAAUAUAUGAGUCGCCACAAUGGAAUAGCCAAACGGACCACAGAAUCCAGUAAUUCUCUUCCUGCCACACCAGAACAAACGAAUAAUCUGUCUAAUCUGUCAAUCUCCAAACUUUUUCUCUGAUGCCCCCUCCUCAGCUGGGACAGGGAGUAGGGCCACAACUCCAGGAAGGGAGGGGGAUGCUAACAGAGGUAAGGGGAAGAAGGGUGGGCCCACAUCUAGGGGUCUGGACUGAGGAUGGCAACUGGGGCACUGGGCACAGUGCUCUGGGCAUGGGAUCUGCAACUGGGAUCCUGAGUGCGUGGCUAGGAGCAGAGCCAUGAAGAUGGGGCUGGCAGCUGGUGCUCUGGGAGGAAAAGGAGGCUCUGGUCUGUGGGCCCACUGGUUCCUCCACAUAUCAGGGGACAGGGACUCUGCUCCCGCUACUUUCUAAUUCCAAAAGCCAAAGGGAGCAUCAACCCAUUUUAGACCUGCAAGAAAUCAACAAAUUCAUAAAGAAGCUCAAAUUCCGCAUGGGCUCCCUGGCAUCUAUAAUUCCUUCCCUGGAUCUGAGCUAUGGGUACGCUGCCCUUGACUUGAGAGAUAAAUACGUUCACAUCUCAGUUUAUCAAUUCCACAGGAAAUACCUCGGAUUUAUAGUGGACAACAAACAUUACCAAUUUACUGUGCUCCCUUUGGGACUUUCAUCAGCCUCAAGGGUUUUUACGAAGUGUAUAGCAGUGGUUGCCACCUUCCUCCACAAAAACAGGGUUCAGGUUUUUCCAUACCUGGAUAGGUGACUCAUCAAGGGUUGAUCCAGGUCUCAGGUAGAGGCACAUGUGACAUUAGUCAGGAGCACUUUCAACAAUCUAGGCCUCCUUAUCAAUGAGUCCAAAUCGACUCUCCUCCCAGUUUAGAGGAUGGAGUUCUGAAUUCAACCCAAGCAAGGGCCUACCUCCCUGUGGAAUGAUUUCAGACCAUUGCCUCCAUCAUUCAGUCUCUGAGCUUUCCCUAUAAUCAUAGCCAGGACCUGCCUCAAACUCUUAAGCAAUAUGACCUGGUAGAGGCGAUCUCUGAAGAAAAUUUAAGACUUUGAAUUGACUUCUGACAGCAGCGCUUUCUCUCACUGGACAACAUCAGAUGAGUUAGGACCAGACUGUGCUUGGCCCUCACACAAUGGUUCUAGCAGAUGAGCAGGAUUGCAUGGAGGCAGCGCUGUUCCUUGAAUCAGGUUGACUGAGCUGGGCUCCACACUUUGGGGGGCCCCAGCAUUUCAGUGUGCAUGUGGUGUGGGGCGCAGUUCCGGUCUUCAGCAGCGGCAGCUGUAAGUGCUGACUCUAUGGCUACCUUGGGGCUUGAGCACCAUGGACAAAAAUGGUGGGCUCUCAGUACUGGUAUCAAAACCUCUCCCUCCUUUCAGUGCCUCCUGCCUGCCUGUAGGUGUGCCAAUCAGUGCUUCCCCUUCCCUCCCAGCUGCCUACCACCAAUCAGCUGUUUUGCAUCGGGAGGCACUGGAGGGGGAAGGGGAAGGCAUGAUGGAGCUGUGGGCAGAACUGAGAGGGAAGAGGUGGGGUAGGGGUAGGAAGAGGAGGAGUAUAGAAUCACAGAACC